UAUAUGGUUUUCCAUCUUUCAUUUUCUCGCUUCAAAAAUCGAAAAUUCUCAAAACACUUUCACCACCAAAACCAAAGCCGCCAAUAGGAAUCAAAACCAUAAACCACCUCAACUCAAAUAUUGUCCCCGUUGUGUUUAUGUUUAUAUAAGAAAAGAAUUCGACUUUUCCCUUAUCCAUUAUAACAGCACAAUACACUUUUGCCGAAUUUCAUUUUCACUUGUUAUUACUAAACCGAGCUCUUAUUUAGGUGCCAGUACGGCUGAUAUGGAAGUACAAGAACGUAAGAUUGUUGUUGCAAUUGAUGAAGGAGAUGAAAGUAUAUAUGCAUUAACAUGGGCAAUCAAGAAUGUAGUCUCACAAAAUUCCAAUGAUACCAUCAUUCUUCUCUAUGCAAAACCACCUCUGAAAAUUUAUUCUACUCUUGAUGGAUCAGGGUAUUUGUUUUCAUCUGAUGUUAUUAUGUCAAUGGAGAAAUAUAGCAAGGAAGUUGCUGAUUCUGUAAUUGAGAAAGCUAGAAGGGUUUGCGGAGAUCUUCAAAAUGUGAAAGUGGAGACAAGGAUUGAGAAAGGUGAUGCUAGAGAUGUGAUCUGCGAUGCAGUUGAGAAGAUUGGUGCUGAUAUAUUAGUCAUGGGGACUCAUGGCUAUGGCAUGAUCAAGAGGGCUUUUCUUGGAAGUGUAAGUACUCAUUGUGCACAAAAUGUCAAGUGUCCUGUUUUGAUUGUGAAGAAGCCCAAAUCAUCCUAGGAGUUCCCUAAACUUUUAGUUUUAGUUGUUCCUUGUUUGUAACCGAGUGAUGUUUUAAUUGUCUGUUCUGUAAAUGUAACAUAAGAUUGUCGUUGUACUGUCUAUGUGGGAUGAUGCAUUUUAUGUCUUCGACCGUGAUUUCCACUUGCUGGCGUAACACUGAUGGAUGUAUGAUUGU